AUGAUAGAAUUGAGUGAUGAUGAUGAUGAACCUUCAUUUCGUGUACGUUUUGUUAAAGGUAAAUCAAUUGAAAAUAAUAAAAAUUAUUGGGAAGAAUACGAUCCAUUAAAAAAAUCCUGGUUUCGUUUAUGUAACGAAUGUAGAAGUAAAGUUUGUACAGCAUCCGAUUGUUUAUGUAAAAUACAUUAUAAUAAAGAAAAUAAACCAAAAGAUAAAAUACAAUUAAAAUCAAGAAAUAUGAAAACUAAAUUAAAGCGUUUAGAUACAAAAAUUAAAAAGAAGAAUAAUAAUAAUAAUGAUGAUGAUAAACAAAUAAUCCCAUUAGAAGUAAUCAAUGAACCGAAAAUUGAACAAAUGCAAAUAAAUGAAUCAUUACCCAUUGUAAUUUCCGUUUCAACAUCAUUGAAUAGAAAACAAAUCUCUCAAGUCAAAGAAUUUCUCACAAAAUUUCAUAAUGAUUCUCAAUCCGUUCAAUUUACCUGUGAAUCUCAACCUGAUUAUAUUGAUGAUACAACAACUCAUGUUAUUACAAAUGAUUAUGGUUCAUUUACAACCACAGUAUCAAAACAAAUUAUUCAAGCAUGUGUUUAUCAUAUAUUUAUUAGUUCAUUCGAUUGGAUAACAGCAUCAAUUAAACAAUCAUCUAUUGUUGAUCAAUUUCCUUAUGAAAUUUUACGUGAUAAAAAAUCUAUUAAAACUUGUCGUGGUAUUAAACAAUGUCGUUUCGAUAAAUUACCUGUAUUUCCAUCAUUAUACAUUAUAUCUGUUGAAUGUCAUGAUGGUAUAAAAUCAAUGAAUAUGACACGUGAUGAAUUAAUUGAAAUUAUUGAAUUAUCCGGUGCUACAUUAUUAAAUGAUUUUAUUCCAUAUAAAACAUUAAUUAUUCUAUGUAAUUCAAAAAAAGAAAUGCUUGAUAUCAAAAAACAAAAUGAUGAUAAUUUUUUGUUGAUAAAUGAAAAAAAAAUUUAUUAUUGUAAACCCGCCUUUGUAUUUGAUUCAAUUGUGAAACAUGAAGUGCAAUCCAUGGAAAAAUAUUGUUGGUAA